AUGCCGACCUCAGGCCAGGACCAAUACGACAGGUUCAGCCUUGGAAUAUCCCGCGUCCUAACUCCAGUCAUGAUAUGCAUGGCCCUCUCGGUCUGGUUUGUCCAGAGUCUAGGGGAUCCCAAAAGCUGCAAGCGAUUAGGAAACGGCCGCAAAAUCGCCGCAAUUGCUCUCUCUCCCGUUGAUGAUUCCAACUCAUCCGAAAACGACUCGCAGUAUUCCUCGCGCAUGGCCGGUAUCUUCAUCGCCAUCUUCAUCGUUCUCAUGGUCGUCUUCACUUUUUUGCUAGUCUGGCUGUAUAAGACAGGUCGCUCCAAAUAUAUUGUCGUCUGGCUAAUGGUUGCCGUGUUCUUGAUAUUUGCAUACGUUGGCGGAUUGUAUAUAUUUGACUUUUGCCGAUCUCGUUGUAUUAACAUGGAUUGGAUAACAAUAUGUCUCGCAGUUUGGAACUUUACAAUAACUGGCCUUUUUGCCGUCUUUGGUGUCGUCCCUCGUGUCAUCAACCAGGGCUAUCUCAUCGUCAUGUCAUCCCUCAUGGCCUACAUCUUUCGUACCCUCCCAUCCUGGGCAAUCUGGACCAUCCUUGCGGCCUUGGUCGUCUGGGAUUUAUUUGCCGUUCUUAACCCACGGGGACCUCUGAAAAUGCUUGUUGAGGCAGCACGCGAGCGAGAUGAGCCAUUACCGGCUCUUGUCUACGAUACCAAUCCUAUGGAUAUUGGACGCGACGAAUCUGCGCAACCUACCAUUGUUUUGAAUAGCAAGAAAAAAGCCAAACAAGCCAAACAAUCGAAGCAGACAAAUCAAACCGCACGAGAAAAGCCUCCUCGACGACGCAUAGUCAACCGUCGGCAAAAUGAUGCAAGCAGUGCUAGCACUCAACAGCCUACCGAAACCACAAGUGAAACUGUUGACGAAUCUUCAAACCGAGGGCCCAGGGCCACUACGAACACAGACAGUCGCAACAACACUGAUCGCCCCGCGACCAGUACUUCCAUUGCCGUUUCACCCCCAGGCGACGCGGGCAAAAGGGAAGACGGCGCAAGCAGCAGCGGGAAUGACGGUACGAAUGGAACUGGGAACGACGCGAACGAGUUAAUCAACGAUUCCACACGUGAAAAUCAGCGCACGCAGAGGUUUCGUUUUCUAUUGAAGAGGGGAAGAGCCAAUGUGACCGAUGCUACAGCAGGGGAUGGAAACGGACAGACAACAGCUACAAGCCAAGAGCGCAAUGCAGCUCAGGAAAAUGAAACUGAAGAACUUAGACUCGGAACCAUGGGGGCACAUCUUAAACUUGGGCUGGGCGAUUUUGUGUUUUAUUCGAUUCUGGUUUCCCAAGCUAGUCAAUCCGGUGCUAUGACGACGGUCGCAAGUUUUGUGGCUAUUUUGGCCGGCCUCUGUGCAACAUUGUUCCUGGUCACUAUUUACAAAAAGGCACUGCCAGCUCUACCGAUAUCGAUUUCCGUGGGGUUGUUGUUCUACUUUCUGACCAGAUUUACUGUGCAACCUUUCAUAGAGAACAUGGUACCUGAGCUGUUGUUUUACUAAGAAGGGCGAAAGUCAAUAGAAUAUGAGGCGGAACAGGUGGGAGAAUGUGGGGGAAGCAUUCAGCAAAACCUCGAAUAGAGGCGUGGAUGUAAUAAUGCAGCUCUCCUUAAAUCUCCUGACCAAAAUUGGCCAGGCGCAAGUUCAAUAAACCUGAAGUUUUAACUGCGGAGUGUUCGUUGUGAAAAAUGGUUCGAGAGGUAUUCGAAGAGUUCGUCCUGGUUGGCGACAUGGAGUAGUUAGGAACAGUAGCAUGUCCUCAUCGAAAGUAAAGCAUGAAAUACCUAUGUUAA